UUAUCAACACAAAUCAGCAAUGAAAGACGAAGUUUUCAAUGCUGUUAAAUCCAUUUAUGAAGAACUCAGCCAGGAUAAACUAUUAACACGGUGCUUGGGUGGGUUUACGCAGAACAGCAACGAGUGUUUCAAUUCUGUUCUGUGGGCGCUCGCUCCUAAAACCAUGUCCAGUGGCAAAAAAAUCAUCGACAUUGCUGCUGAUAUUGCAGUAUGUAAUUUUAAUGAUGGAUUACAGAGCAUUAUGGACAUUAUGCAAACUUUGAACCUACCUAUAAGUCAAAGUUGCUACGAUUUUUGUAUAAAAGCCGAUAAUUAUCGUAUUCAGAGAGCGGAGGUUUCGAUUACUGAAGCUGCUCGAGAGGCUAGAAGAAGUGGUGUUUCUGCUCACAAGCUUGCUAAUGAAGAAGAAAUAGAUGCUGAAGGUAUCCUGUAUGGCGCAGGUAUUGCAGAUUGACGAUUUUUGUUCUAGGAGCCACGUAGAAGAAGGAAUUUGACACGCAGACUGACGGUGUUCCUCAAAAGCCGUAUACUUUGGCCCAACCUACAAGAGGCUAUUUUUUACUUUUUCGACAUUAAAAAAUUUUUUAUUGCAGCUUAAGAUUGUCUUAAUGAAUGGCUAAAACCGAUUUUCUUUCUGCGCAUUUUUUGUAUGAAAAAAAAAAUCAUGAAAAACACCUCCAAAAUUGCAAUCAAAGGUGGUAUCCUGCCUUAAGAUGUCACAAAAAAGACGUUUUAAAGACGUCGUUGUUUAGUCACUUGACGUCAUUCGAUCAGUUAUGACCAGUUUUUUACGUCAUUUUGAUGUGAGUCUGU